GCAAUUAGAAUGGAUGUGAUAUGAUCCAGCACAAACAGACUGCCCACCUGCAAUCUUCCUUUCCUCCCCACUCUACCAUCUGCUAAUGACCUCCACCGCCCUGAUGGCUGUGCGAUCCAGGUCGUCUCUCCGUGUCUCGUUGCGACAAGAUCCCAACGACGCUGCCGAGAACCUCCUCCACCAGCACUCUCCCACAGACCAUCCUCCUCCAUCCAAACGAUUGCGCCUUCAUCCUCCGCCCGCGCGCCGGCGGAAGAGCUCGCCAGAUCUAUUAGAUACCACCAUCGAGAACACCCCCUCCUCCGCCUCGAAACUCACGCUUGUUCGGCGUUCUUCAGCGCGACCCCGACCGCCCUUUGGUGCUUCCGCUCCCUCCACAUCGUCCCUCCCGUCUUCGUCACCCCAUCCACCACCACCUUCUAGCACCCCCGCGCCUGGAACCGCCUCCUUUCCCCGGGCCUCCUCCCCUCACGGAAGUACACCCGCCCCCACUCAACCCCGGCGUCGUGUUGCGCAGGCCCCUCAAUUGGGGCCCGAGCCCGAAGAGCCAGUCAUCCCUCCCUCUAAUCGACCCGCGCGAGGAAACAUUUCCCCAACUGAGGGCGAUACAGACUCACUACUCAAACCCAUCCUCCCCUCUGCCGGAACGGCUAGUCCCGCUGUGCCGGAGCAACGACGGUCCCUUCGCUCCCACGAUGGGGGGUCGAGGGCAAGAAGUGAAUUGGCGCUGUAUUUCCCAAACUAUGAGGAAGUUCUGAGCCUAGAACCUCCAAAGACAGAGUUCCUCGCCGGCCCUACUAUUAUUAAGUUAAUAGACGACCUUACCGAACCUCCUCUUCCCGCCUCUACGUUGUCCGUACCUGAUGCGGAUACUCCCUUUGGGAAUCCUCUCAUCCAGCUCCACGGUUGUGAAGUCAUUACCUUACCGGAUCCCCUAGUGGGUUAUAGUGCCGCAUCAGGAAAGGAUGAAGACCCCCUCAACGAGGAGCACUAUUUCAAAGCUCACCGAAGGAAUGAACGACAGGAAAAGCAGCUCCGCAACAUUGAGCGCGAUCGGGCGCAGCACGAGAAGCAGCACCUGGAUCGUCUGCUUGAUGAGCUUCAGAGUCACGAUUGGCUUCGUGUGAUGGGAAUUACCAGCCUAACCGAUCAUGACAAGAAGCUCUAUGAGCCGAAACGUGAUUAUUUCGUCCAAGAGAUCUCCGCUCUGCUCCAGAAGUUCAAGAUCUGGAAGGAGGAGGAGCGACGACGCAAGCUAGAAAAGGACAAGCCUUCGUCCUUCCCCUCAGAUAUCGCGCAACCUCCCGAACCUACCCCGCAAGCAAAGACCUCUGUCAACCAUCCAAAUAACCCAGAUGAACCCGACGAAAUGCUUGGGUCCACACCCUCCAACGCUCCUAGUUCCGGCGAGCCAUCGGAUACUAACGAUGUUGACGCCUUGGCAGCUCGCCAACUCCUCCAAGAAGCGCGCUCCGCAACAGCCGGAAAACGCCCUAAGCCCACCAACGAAGGGCGCAAGAAGCCCUCGUCGACGGUCCAACCCGAACCGGAAACCCCAGAAUCACCCCCGCCGCCUCUCCUCCCCCCGCCACCUCCUGAACCCGAGAAACCAUUUACUUCUUUCUUCUCUAAACCGCAUGUACGUGAACUCGCCAUGUCGAAAACCCGCAAGGGCCGCGCCCGCUUGGCAUUUGGCCUCCCGCUGCCGGAACUCGAGGAGCGCGAGUUCGAGCUUCCAUCGGAUAUCUUGACCCCAGAAGCUAUCGCCUCCUGUCAGCGGAAACGAAGGCGGAUGAAACGUGCAAGCAAGGGGUGAUGGAUUUACGUUGUAUUCUUUUCUAUUCUCUGGUUCUCUGGCCCGUUGAAUCUGAGUACAUGAUAUGAUGUACUUUGUGAUAUGGUGAUGUCAUCACCCACAAUCCCCGGGUUCAAAUUCUUUUUUAUUUUUUUUUUUUCGAUGUAUGAUACCUCACCGAAUACAAUUAUAUCAAAUUUCC